AUGGCUCAGAAGAAGACCCAACAACAGGAGAUGGUUCAGGUCGACCGACCCGAGCGGCCGUCCUCACCCUUCUGGAGGAGCCGAUCUUCCAGUUCACGUCAAAGUUCUGCCAAGCCCACGAAAGUGAUAGGUGCAUCAUACUCACAUGCCGACCUGUUGAAGUUCGAUUCGUUAUCCCUGGGAUCCAAUUCGAGACCGAGAACACCCCCGGUAUCAUCUGCUAGACAAACCCAAACUCCGCCAUCUGAAAAAACAAGUUUCCAUUCUCCCGAACCUAGACCACACCCCACAUAUGCCUCUUCAGCCUUGGGUAGUACGAGUUGGGAUGUCCUAGGGGGAAGUGAUGUUGACGGGGACGACGAUGAGCUGGUGUACGAUGACGAAGAAGACGAAUUCGGACUCCCAAGCAUCGCCAGCAUGCGCCGAAAGCGCAGCCUCAAGAACAAAAACAAGAGGGCACAGCAGAUCCAAUAUCCGAGUCUCUCCCAGACAUCUUCAGCUCCAGCAUUAGCGCCGUCGCCGCAGUUCAACCGUGUGAGGUCGAAUAGUUUUGAUAUUGCCGAAGAGCGAAACCCACUUUCUUAUCCCAGUGCAAAGAAGGACGGUAAAAUCCUACGGCCUCAGUACAAAGACAUAUUACGAGAUCCGGCGAACUCUUUACACCUCAUUAAUCACCCUAUUCUGCCACCGAAUGCCACUCCAAAGGAGAGUGAAGCACAUUCGACACGCAUAUCCCGAAUCAACAAGUUCAAACGAAUACUCCAGAAUAGUUCCGUUUCUCUCCCAGAUUUACGAGCGGCGGCUUGGUCAGGUAUACCUGAGGAAGUUCGAGCCAUCACAUGGCAACUCUUACUGGGCCACCUCCCCACGAACAGUGAACGCCGAGUUGCCACACUUGAGCGGAAACGCAAAGAAUACCUGGAUGCGGUGAGGCAAGCGUUCAAUGCUGGAACAGGAGCAAGCACCAAAGGCUCUUCUGCGGGACUAGCGGGACUAGCCUCACAGCCACCGAUGAGUACAGGUAAAGGCCGCGGGUUGGAUGAAGCGGUUUGGCACCAGGUCAGCAUCGACGUUCCCCGGACCAACCCUCACAUUCCUCUUUAUGGCUUCGAAGCCACACAACGAUCCUUGGAGCGUGUCCUUUACGUGUGGGCCAUUCGACACCCGGCAAGCGGCUACGUUCAGGGGAUUAACGACUUAGCCACCCCAUUUUGGCAGGUAUUCCUCGGCACAUAUGUCACAGAUCUGAAUGUGGAGAGUGGCAUGGACCCAGGCCAGCUGCCUCGCCCAGUCCUCGAUGCUGUUGAGGCCGACACCUUCUGGUGUCUUACUAAAUUGCUGGAUGGCAUACAAGAUAACUACAUUGUCGCUCAGCCGGGUAUCCACAGACAGGUCGCGGCCUUACGGGAUCUGACCACUAGAAUUGAUGCCGGAUUGGCUAGACAUUUCGAGGAUGAGCAUGUGGAAUAUAUGCAGUUCAGUUUCCGAUGGAUGAAUUGUCUGCUCAUGCGUGAAUUGAACAUCCGGAGUGUGAUUCGGAUGUGGGACACUUAUAUGGCUGAAGAGAAUGGGUUCUCACAAUUUCACCUAUACGUCUGCGCGGCGUUUUUGGUGAAAUGGAGUGAGCAACUUGUCAAGAUGAAUUUUCAAGAGAUCUUGAUGUUCUUACAAGCACUGCCGACCAAAGAAUGGACAGAGAAGGACAUUGAGCUAUUACUGUCCGAAGCGUUCAUCUGGCAGAGCCUGUUCCGAGGUAGUAGGGCACACCUCAAGACAGCAGACUCGCGAGUCCCAGCGGGUAGUUUAGGUCCUGCUGGCUGA